AUGGGGCGAAGUACACAAGUUGAUGGCGAUAAUAAUUCAACAUCAGAGUCGGACCCUGCAAAGUUACUGGAAGCUGCACUUGAGCAGAUGGAUGGAAUUAUUGCUGAGGCGGGUGGAACGGGACCCGGUGGGACGACGGGGCCUGGUAGACAAGCCAGAGCACGUGCUUUGGAGUUAGCACAGCAGUUAGCCACAUCCCUUCAACAUGCCAUUCCUCCACCACCUCGACCAGAUUUUACGACGGCCAGUGCUAUCCUGCGAUGGUUACAACAGAACAACAAUUCUGUCGCACUUCUUUCAUCUAUGCCAACAGCCAUUCGCUUGGAUGUUGGCAUCGAGAAGUAUAUUAAACCAAAAAAAUAUAAAUUUCCGAUAAGCAUAUAG